AUGUGGCGCCCUCUGCUGCCGCUCCUUCUGCUGAUCCUCCAACUGCUCCUCGGCCUGGUUGGCGGGCAGAUCCAGCCCAGGAUCGUGGGCGGCACCGCCACCUCGCUGUCCGCGGUGGGCGGCUUCGUGGUGAACCUGCGCUACGACGGGGCCUUCUACUGCGGCGGCUCCCUGGUGAGCGGCAGGCACGUGGUCACGGCGGCGCACUGCCUCAAGGGCUACCAGCCGGGCAGGAUGACCGUGCAGGGCGGGGUCAGCAAGCUGAGCCAGGCGGGGGUGGUGCGGCGCGUGGCGCGCUACUUCAUACCGAGUGGCUUCAGCAGCUCCAGCCUCAACUGGGAUGUGGGCGUGGUGCGGCUGCAGAGCGCGCUGACCGGCAGCGGGAUCAGCACGGUGCCGCUCUGCCGGGUGCAGUGGAACGUGGGCGACUACAUGCGCGUCUCCGGCUGGGGCACCACCCGCUACGGCAACUCGAGCCCCUCCAACCAGCUGCGCACCGCCACCAUCCAGCUGAUCCGCAAGCGGGAGUGCCAGCGCGCCUACCAGAACCGCGACUCCCUCUCCGCCUCCUCCUUCUGCGCCCGCUCCGGCGGCAAGGACAGCUGCUCCGGCGACUCGGGCGGCGGGGCGAUCUUCCAGAACCAGCUCUGCGGCAUCGUCUCCUGGGGCCUGGGCUGCGCCGACGCCCGCUACCCCGGCGUCUACACCAGCGUCCACCGGGCGCGCGCCUUCAUCCUCCGAUCCAUGAAGAAGUAG